AUGUAUUAUAAAAGCCCUUAUUAUUAAAUGCCUCUAUCUAAUUUAAUUAAAUGUGCUGAUUGUUUAGAUAAUCCAAACACAUGGCAAAAUAGUAGGGCAUGCACUUAUGAGUAUAAAAUGAAAGAUAAUUCCAAAGAUUUAUUAAAUGUUUAUUCAAAGCAAUAAUCUUAACAAUAACAGCUUUACUUUAUUAAUUAGAAUGGAAAUUAAUAUUAAGUUAGUAAAUGCUAAGGAUGUGGCUAGUUUUGUGGAAAUAAUACAUCUUUGUAUGGAUGCAAUAAGUUAAAACAACCAAAUCCUGAUACUCUUUAAAGUGCAUUUACUUGCAUGCUAGGUUAUUAUUACUCUUCAAAUAAAUGCUAAUAAUGUUCUUCAGAUCUUUCCUGCAAUAGAUGUUAAAAUAGCUAAAACUGCGACUAAUGUGCAAGUGGCUAUGCCUUAUAUAAAGACUACAAAUGUAAAUAGUGUAACUAAAUUACUAAUGGAAAUGCUGCAUGUUCUACUUGUUACUUUGAUGACGUCAACGGGAAUAACUACUCUGAUAAUCCAAAUCAAUAUGCAUAGAAUUAAAAUGUUGCUCUAACUAUGAGAUGCAAGGUUUGCUCUGUUUACACUUCUUAAACUAUUGGAGGUUAAACUUAAACAAUUCUUGAUAUAACUUAAAUGGCCAUUCCCUCACUUGACUUGACUCAAUGCUAAUAAUGCUCAACUUUAAUAUCUUUUUGUAUAAAAUGUGAUUACUCUUAGAACUAAUCUUAGUACAUUCAUAGUGAAGAACCUAAAGUUAUUCCUACCUCCUAACAAAGUAAUUUUUCUCUAAGAUGCAGAAGAUGUAUGGAUGGAUAUUAUAUCACCCCAUCUUUUACAUGCGCUCCCUUAGAUCCUAUUGCUCAUACAAAUUGCAUGGUACCUACUUAAGGAGAUUACACAAGUUUAAUAUAAAAUAUUAAAUACCCUACAUUAAACAUAGAAAUUACAGGUGAUUAGGUAUUAUUCAUUGAUUAGCCUGUAAUACCCCAGCCUUAUCCACUUAGUUAUGUUAAAUAUUGUGCAGUAUGUGCCAAAGGUUUCAAAGCUAAUCCUGCUAUAAAACCUUAUGUAUGUAAUGUUGCUGUUACACCAGAUGAUGGUUGUUAAAAUUAUUCUAAUGAUAGCUGUAUUGCAUGCAAAAAUGGGUAUUAUUUAUCUUCAACAUUACCAAAAACUUGCAUUUCUACUAGUCCUCCUAAUCCUUAACCUAAUCCAGCUCCAUCUUAUUCAAAUGUUAAUGGUUGUGGAUCUUAUUAUAAUGAUGGAAGUUAGUACAACUGUCUUACUUGCCAAGCUGAUCCUUCAACUCAGACAGGAAAUUAUCCUGAUUAUCAAUAAAGAUCUUGUGAAAGCUGUGAUUCAAAUUGCUAACUAUGCACUGAAUUUAACACUAGGUUCUUUUUUGAUGAUGUAAAAAUGCUCCUUUUUCCAAAAAUUGGAGAAGAUUAAUAAUAGUUCUACAAGCAAACUUUCAAGCUUCAAUCUACUACUUGGUGUAAAACAUGUGGAGGAGGUGGCAAAAUAAAUCCUUUAACAGGUUAAUGCAAUGGGUGCUCUCAAACGACAUGUUUGAUGGCACCUGUUUCUUCAUGUUAAUAUGAUUAAUAUGGUGCUUUUUGUCUGAAAACUAGUUUAGCAAUUUCUUUAAAUUAUAGAGGCAACUAGCGUAGUACUUCUUAAUCGCUUGAUAGGCUUGGAACAGUUUAUUGUUCUGAUUACUAAAAUAGUUGUGUGUCAAUUACUGAUAGCUAAAAAAAAGCUUUAAAUCCCUUUUUGGCUUAAUCUAGUAAUUAUGUUGAUAAAAUUCUAUGGACUAAAGCUAAUUAAUGUUAGAGUGUGAAUAACGUAGUUUAUAACUCUCUAAUUUAAAGGUGUUUAUAUUGUAAUACUGCAGGAGUCGUUUGCAGAAAAAAAGUAACAAUUUAAACUUUCUUUGACACAAUUGCAACAAGCUCAAACUAAAGUGACUCUAGUAGCUGGAGCUCAUAUUCAUCAAAUUUAGGAACUAUACCUAAUAAUGUUGUAAUAAAUACAGAUGUUUAUCUGUUGACUUAGUUAGUUACUGAAGGAAAUAGUAAAGUGAUAAAUUUAGGAAAAGCUUUAGGAGGUAGUUUCGAUAACCUCUCCUUAAAUUAUCUUAAAUAUUCUGAUGAAGGUGUUGAGGAAAUAGAAUUUUAAUUUAUUAUUGUCAGCACAAUGUCAGCAAAUGCAGGAGUAUUAAAUCCAGUAAAUUUAGGAUUAACUCUUACAAUUACCUAGAAUGCAUUUUAAAUGAUUCCCUCUUUACAAAAAGCAAAAUUAACAAUUACAACUAUGCAGUAAGGAAAUUACAAUUCUAUUGGAGUUAAUACUUUAUAGAUUUAUCUUUAAGAUUAUAUAAUAGCAGACUCCUUUACCUCCCUUCAACUCAAUAAUAUUAAUUUAUCCCCAUUAUCAGAUUUAAACCCAUUUUAUGGAACAAAUAUAUUUGGAAUUUAGUUAACAAACGCUCUCCUUCCUAUCACGGUCACAUUUAAUAAUUGCUAAAUUUAAACCUAACAAAGUCUUCAAUCACAGAAAAGCUAAUUUGUGACUCAAGGUGUAAGUAGCUACUUUUUAUUAUCUGCUCCUAAUUUGAAAGAACUUGAUUUAAAUAAUUUUACUCUUUAGCAAUUUUACUAUCCGACAGGCAUUAACUGGUACUAUCCUGGAACAUAAAACAAUGCUAUUUUAUUUAACAUUUAAAAUUCGAACUUCUUUCAACUAUCUUUUAGUUAUGUAAAUGUGUUUGCUGCUAACAAUACGAAUACAUAAUUUACAUUGAAUAACGUUUAUUUAAAGUAAAUAACUUUAAGCUCAAGUAAUUUUAUUUGUGAAUCAUCAAAUUUAACCUCCUCCAACAUUAUUCUAAGCUUGUAAACUAUAACAUUUGAAAAUAUUUAAAUGGUUGACUCUUUCAUAAUUAAUAUCAUGAAUGCUAUCAGAUUUAUAGCUAACUAAUGGACUAUUAAAACCCCCUUUACAGUGACAUCUUCAACAGAGAUAACAGCAGCAUUUUAAUCAAACUUAAUUGUUUUAAACACAUUUAGCGUAAUAGUUUAAUAAGAUAACUCCCAUAAUCCUCCUGCAUCUUAUAAACUUACUUUAAAUAAAGCCUCUUUGUUUAGAACUCCUCCAUAUAGCUUGAAUGUUUUGUACAGCCAGUAAAUCAAUCACAUAUACUAAUAGGUGACAAUAGAUGGUGCUUAUUGCAACUUAUCUUCUACGACAGAUUAAAUAUAAGUCACAGAUUGUAUAUUUAGCUUAGCAGCUCCCUAUAAUAAUUAUGGUUAUCUUUUAAAUAUUGUCAUAGACACAUUAACUAUUUAAAAUAUAAAAUCUUCAAAUUAGCAUGAUAGUAAUUUAACUCAGAUGGUGUCUAUUAAAGAAGUGGAUUCUGUUUCAAUUUCUAAUAUAUUUUUCCUUUCUAACUAUAAUUUUGAUGGUAUGACAAUUUACAAUCCUAAUAACUUAGUGAUCAACAACUUUUUAUGUGGAGAGAAUAAAAAUAAAAAUUUCUAAAAUGCACAAAGUUGGAUAGAUAAUUUUACUUAGAGUAACUUGGAUUCCUCAAAUUUCAUUCAAGGAUUUUGCAUGAAUUUGUUUUACUGCCAAGAAAAUAUAGUGCUUAAAAAGCUAUAUCUUUAAAAUUAUGUCGGUUAAGAUAAAUCUCCUUUUUAUAUAAACUGUCCUUCUGAAAUCAAACUACCAAGCUAGUCUGUUGCUCCAGUCAAUAUUUAAGAUUUCACGAUCACAAAUUCAAUUAUUCUUCUCACUAACCCUAACAAAUAAGUUGCUCCCAUUCAGUUCACUAGCGAUUAUUAAUUCUACAUUUAAAUAAAUAAUAUCUAAAUUAAUGGCUCUUAUUUAAUUCCUUUGACCUCAAUAAUAUCUAUGACCUUUCCAUCUGCCGCAGGCAUUUACUUAAAUUCUGUUUCUUCAACAAUUUUAGUUGAUUAAUCUACCUUUUAAUAAACAACUAGCUACAAAUCUUAAAAUUGUGUUUAUAUCUUAUGUUAAACCGUUACAAUUCAAAAUUCAUUAUUUUAAUCAGCUAACAUACCUGACACUGCUUAAUCUUCAGUUUCAUAAGGAGGUGCUUUAUAUUUGAGUGCUUCUCAAAUAAAUGUAAUUAAUUGUAACUUCAGAAAUAUCUAAGCAAAUCAAGGAGGAGCAAUAUACAUAAAUGGUUUAUCAACAACAAACGCUUACAUUCAAUAUUCUAUAUUUUCAACAAUAUAAACACCUUAUCUUUCUAAAUCAGAUGGAUAGGGAGGUGCUAUUUACAUAGAUGCAAGGUCAACUUAAUUUAACUUAACAGUUGAUACCUGCACUUUUUCUGGGAUCUUUGCAAGAACUAUGGGUGGAGUUAUAUAUAUGGAAUCAGGAUCAAGAUAAUCCACAGUAAUAAUUACCUCAUCUUCUUUAUCAAAUAUGUAUGCUCCUUAGGGUUCUUUAAUUUACUGGAUAACAACAAACGCUGCUAGCACAGUUGUCUUGAAUAAUAAUAAUUUUUUAUGGGAUGAUUAAGGAUAGAUUGACUAACAAAUAUAAAGCAUCUAUAGUUAUUAUUAAGAUUCUAAAGAUUUCCUUUUAACAUAAGCAUGGUUAUAACAUUCUUUUAUUUACAUGUAAAAGGGUUCUCUAACUAUGAAUUCAAACCUAUUUUUUGGAAUCAAAUAUUAAAGUUUAAUGAUUCUCUCAGAAAUAAGUAAAUUUAGUGACACUUCUUCAGAAAUCAAUGGUUAUGAAAUGGUAACUUACCCAUUAAUCCUAUUUGAUACUCCUUAAUAUAGUAUUUCUUUUACUUCAACAACAAUAAACGGAGUAAUACUUUGUUCAUCAAAGAUGUGUGACUAAGGAAAAUUUUCUUUUUGCUCUUAAGUUCAAAACACUCCCAGUGCUUUGAUUUUGACACAAAACUCUGGAGUAUAAAUAAAUUAUAAUAACAUUAUGUUUUCUAAUAACAUCCUCUAAACAAACUAAGGACUUUUAUCUUUUACUCUUGUUGGUAAAGGCAGUUUAUUAGUGAAUGGAGGCACAUUUAUUAACAAUUAUAGCAAAUUUGGUGUUAUAAAUAUCCAAAAAUAAAGUUCUUCAAGUAGAAGGAUACUUUCUCCUAUAACUGACCCAACUGUUUAAAUUAUUGGGGCUUCUUUUAUCAACAAUUAAGGUGUUAAUGGGACAGCAAUCAAUACACUUAAUUCAGAUCUAAAAAUAUAAGCAUGUACUUUUAGUGGUAACGUUGCUUAGAAUUAUGGAGGAGCAAUAUUUUUUAUUGGAGAUAUCAGUGAUCAAAGUUCUUAAUUAAUGUUUUAUGGAUCUAGUUUCUUAAAUAACAUAGCUAGAAUUGGUGGCGCCUAUUAUAUGUAAGGAGUACCUAUAUAUGAGGAUCCUAGCUCUCCUUUAGUUAUGAGUAAUAAUUAAGCUUAAAUCUAUGGAAAGAAUAAUGCUGAUUACCCAAGAUCUCUUUAACUAAUUUAUAACGGAUAUAUCCUAAAAUAUAAAAAUAGUCAAUAAACGCCAGUAAUUAAUAUAAGUAAUUACGGUAGUGGAUAAAAUCCUGGUAGCAUGGUAAUACAGCUUCUUGGUAGUGAUGGUAAAAUAUUUUAUGCAGAGAAUACAUAUUGCACUGUAGCUUUAAAUUAUGUAAGCUCAACUAAACCUAGUACUGCAUAGUUAGUAGGAACAACAAGACCUAUUUUUAGUGAUGUAGUAAAAGGUUUUAACAUUACUGGAAUAAAUUUUAUUUUAAAACCUCCUGAUACUCUAAACCUAUUGAUAACUUGUGAUGCAAUUAAAAAUCCAUCUACUAGUUCUAGUUCCAAUUCUUAUGAUACAUCUUACACAUUUCCCUUAACUAUAACAAUGAGAGAUUGUGUUGUUGGAGAGAUAUAUCAACCAUCCAGUGGUUAAUGCUAUGCAUGUCCUGAAGGCAAGUACUCUCUGGUAUAUGGAGCAGAAUCUUGUCUUACUUGUCCAAAAGUCGGUGUUGAUAAAUGCGAAGGCUACAAUAAUAUGAUUAUUUCAGCUGGUUAUUGGAGAAAGAAUACAAGUAGUGAUAUCAUAGUUUAAUGCUCUAAUUUGUAAAGCAAUUGUGUAGGUGGAAGCUCUAAUUAGACAUGUUAUGAAGGACAUAUCGGAGCUCUAUGUGAGGAAUGCGAUAUUGAUGGUACUGUAUGGGGGAAAAGUUGGUCUCAUUCUUCUGAAUAUACUUGUGGUUUGUGCUCUGAGAUAUCCGGAAAUGUUUUAAAGAUUGUAGCAAUUUCUUUAUGGACUUUAUUCAGCAUCUAUCUUUCAGUUUCUUCAUCAAAAGAAUUGGUAUAAUACAACAUAACACGUAAUAUUUUUAUUCUACUUGGAGCUAUAUCUGCGGGUAAAUCAACUGAAAAAUCUAAUUAAACUAGUGUUUUAAUAAAAAUUUUAACAAGCUAUUUCUAGAUUAUUUCUGUACUGUUUACUUUUAAUUUGAAUACACCAGCAGCCUUUUCAAAUAUUACUAACACAGUUGGAAAUCCCUCUAAGUAAAUGGGUAUGUCUAUGGAUUGUUUCUUAAUUACAUUCUCUGGAAAUGUACCAAUAACUUAUUUUUCUUUGAUUUGGAUGCUUGUUAAUCCACUCCUUUAUAUUGGCUUAAGCGUGUUCAUCUUUUUAAUUUAUGCCACAGUUAUGUUUUUUAAAAAAAAAAUUUCAGAGGCUAAUAAAAGUGUCAGUUAUAUUUGGUGCACUUGUAUAUUUUUAUUUAUUACAUUCCAACCUUCGAUUGUAUCUGCUUACAUUUCAACAGCUUCCUGUAGGACUAUUGGGGAUACAGAUUAUAUUAAGGCCAAUGUUUCUCUUGAAUGUUAUUCAUCAUAGCAUAUCAGUUAUCUGCUUAAGCUUAUCUUACCUGUUUUAACUCUAUGGGUCUUUAUAAUCCCAUUGUUUUUCUUUGUUAAAUUAUACUAUAAUCGCCAAUCUAUUUAUAAAAGUUCAAGCUUAAAAUAUGCUUUUGGUUAUCUUUACUAAGAGUAUAAUCCUAGAGCAUACCUAUGGGAAUUUGUUAAAAUGUUUGAAAAAAUUAUGAUAAUUAUUUUCAUAAACAUUUAUGAUAGUGAUGUUAAAGUUAAAGGAGUUUUAUCGUUUAUGUGUAUAAUUAUAUACUUAAUUUUGAGCUAUACAUUUAAACCAUAUCAUGAUAUCGUUUUAAAUCGCUUAGAUCAGUUAGCAAAUGAGGUUUGCUCAAUAAGCAUAAUCAUUGGUGUUUUUAUAAAUAACAAUAGCUAUAGUUAUCUAGUUUACUUGGGAUAUAUCUUAUUAAUAGGAUUCAAUACUUACUUUUUAGUUGUCAUUUUCAGAAAUCUUUUUAAAGGGUUUGCAUAGAUAAUAGAUAAGAAAUUUUAUGAAAAUUUUGACAAAAUAAUAAAAAAAUUAUCUAGCUUCCCUAAGAUAUAAGCAUUCUUAUAACGAAAAAUCAAAAAAUAUGUCAGUCCUUAGAGAGUUUAAGGAUUAUGGAAGAUUAUUAAUAAAAGAUUUAAAUUGUGGGUCAAAGAAAGAGAAAAUGAUUUAAAUGCUUAAUUUAUUGCGAAUCAUAAUAUUUAUGUAAAAGGUCUUCCUUAAUAAAAAUUAAUCAUAGAAGGUUUACAUUCAUAAUCUGGCUUUUCUGCAGGUGAAUAACCAAAAUAAAAAUAUGAAUCUCCAACUCCUCUACUUGUUGACUCUAUAAGAGCAUCAAAAGUUAUCUCCCCACUAUAAGUUAUAAUUAGAAAAAAUAACGAAUAAUUAAGAAAACCAAGUACUUUUGAACAAAUAUUUGAAAAUGAUGAUUAUAAUUUAGGAAAUGAACCUAAAUAACCUACUUCACACUAAGAAGAUAACUAAUAGGAAGAUCAUUUCAUUCAAAAAGAAUGA